AUAUUUGAUGACGUUGAAUUCACUAUGAAGUAUUGGAUGGAUAGACUAUUAAAAUUUGAUUAAUAGAGAAUCAACCUAUAUCCCAUCUUUACACUGUCUAUAAAAAUCCCUUUCCCACUUUAUUUAGUUUCUCAUAAUCAUUUCUCUCUUAAUUAUAAUUAACUUUCUUUUACUUCGCGAUUACGAAUACUUAUUUUCCGGUUAUGUCCGUUGACGGUCGCCGGAAACCUGAGAGCUCCUCCGUCUUCACUGCUCUCAGUUUCCCCUGCCUCAGGUAACCGUCGAUCUCUCACCACGUAUAUAAUCACUUACAGAAAGCUACUGUAUAUCACUCUCUAAUGCCGUCGCCGAAGAAGCACCGGAAAUUAGGAAGCCAGGACAAGAGCAGGAAGGGGAGAUCGUCGCACGAUCUGAGAGGCGUCUGCCUCGCGGCGGAGAUUCCGCCGACGCCGAGAACGGUGCCGGAUUUGUUGACCGGGAGCGGAUCCGCGGCGGUGACGCCGCCGAAGCUGACGAAGCUGCUUCUCCACGUGACUAUUCAGAGGAGCCUCGGCGCCGUGAGGGUGGUGAUGCCGCCGGAGGCGACGGCGGAGGAUCUGAUCGUCGCAGCGCUCCGGCAGUACGAGAAGGAGGCGCGGCUGCCUCUCAUCCGAUCCAGCGACGCAUCUGGAUUCGACCUUCAUUACUCUCAAUUUAGCUUGGAGAGCUUGGAUAGGGAAGAGAAGUUGGUGUCGUUGGGAUCAAGGAACUUCUUUCUGUUUCCGAAGAAAGCGGCGGAGGCAACCGCCGCCGAAAGCGGCGGUGGUGCGGUGGCGAGAUGCUCAAAUGAAGCGGAUAACGGCAACGAGUUCCCGUGGCUGAGAUUUAUGGAAUUCUCGCUGUAGAUUGCGUCGGAAUUAACUGUGGAAUUGUAUAUAUUUGUGUAAUUAUUAAUUAGAAUAAUAUCUCUAGAUUGACAGAAAAAGUUUGGCUUAUUAUUUCAGCAAAUUUAAUGUGACAGUUAUUUAUAGAACAGUGUCACGAAAUUGAUGUCCACUAGUUAUAAAUUUGAUUUAAUUUUAA